AUGACUCAACAAGAUCGCGAGCAGAAUGUCGUAUGGGCUCAAGAUAUGCAAGAUGACGGCAUGGUGGCCGGGGUCGGCGACGAGGACUUUACAAAAUUCCUCGACCUCGACAAUGACUUCCAACACUAUGCGGCCAUGAAUAAUGGCCACUCCGGCCUCGACACCCCCAUGGGUCGCCUGGGGUUUGGGAAUAACGCCGCUGAUCUAGGGUUCUCUGGAGCUGAACAGAUGAACGUCCAUGUGACGCCGACCAGCGACCCAGUCGAUUUCGCCAACCAGCUCGCGUCGAACCAGCCAUACGCCCAAUACCCGCAGUAUCAGCAAAUUCAGAUGGCGCAGCAGUACCAUGUGCCCCCUACUCCUGUGAGCGCCGAGAUGCACCCGGGGAAAUAUGCGCAACAGAUGGGAAACAACGGACAGAUCCUCUUCGACCAUCAACAGGUGUCGUUUACUCCGCUGGUCUCUCCCGCGCAAACACCAAUGGACGGCGGGUUUGCCAUGUCUGAUUACGGGCUUGCAGACGAGUUUUUCAGUCCUUUGACGUCUCCUGCGAUUGAAGCACAGGCGGCCUUUACCUCGACUGGGACCACCGCUUCGCCUGUUGACCUCAACGAUUUGAGUGCGGCGGGAAAACCUCUCACAGCAGGGACGAAGCGCCCUCGACGCAAAGGUAGCAAUGCAGCUCGGGCACCCGCUCGCAGCGUAAAGCAGUCACCUGCGAUGAAGCCUCAGCCGCGUCGCCGACAUCCCUCCCUGACGUCUUUGCCUAUGGACAAAAUCCGAAGCAUGCUUCCUCAGGGGACGCUUGGUUCUACACUCCAUCCCUCAGCGCCCAAUAGCGCUGCGCUGCUGGGAAGCGAUGACUCGGUCUCGCCAGAACCCUUGUCCGAAGCCGCGAUGAGACCUCCUCCUGUGCCUCAUCCAGGCAAGUCGCCGCAGUCGACGAUCACCGCUCAGAAUGCGCAGUCCACCAAUCCGGUGACUCCUGCCACGUUGAUGAGGAUGCCCAGUAACCAAUCGGUGGCCAUGAGGCAGAUGGAGCACCACGGCCCUGUCCAGGGCGCAGAUGAGCCUAUGGAGGAUAUUAUGUUACCCGCCGCAGCGGCUUCUGCCACCAUGUCCCAAGGGUUGCAAAGUAUUGACCUUGGCAAGAGUUCUGUUUCCGGCGAGAACACGCCGACCCUUUCUGCCAAAUCUACCAAGAUUAGCGCCGCCAGUACACCCCGAAGUGCGCUGACAAGGACGACGUCGCAAGAAACUUUUGCCAAACCUGGCAAGAUUGACAGCCGUGGAGGAGGUCGUGCCAGCAAGAAGCGCCAGAGCACGUCCUCUGCAACAAUUUCUCCAGCGUUGCGACCCAAAAUUUCCCCGAGUAUUAGCCCAUUGGCUCCUGCGACUGGCCCGGGCAUGUCACAUCUUUCAGCAGAGACGAGCGCGUUAUAUCUUGCGUCCAAAUCAAACUAUCAGAAUAUACUAGAGGGGACGCAUCUCCCAGGAGUUUCGUAUCCUGAGACUUUGGCUGAAAACCUGACGUCGAAGCGAACAUCACACAAAAUCGCUGAGCAGGGCCGACGGAAUAGAAUCAAUCUGGCAUUGAAAGAGAUCGAGGCCCUCCUUCCUGCCUCUAUCCUCGUGGCCAACAAUAAGAAAGACAGACCAUCCAAAGACGAGAACGAGGACGGCGAGGCAUUGGCUGCGGCGACGACUGGAAAGCCCCCGCCGCCUGGACAGGGUGCGAGCAAGGCUAGCACGGUUGAAAUGGCCAUCGUCUACAUAAAGAGUCUACAAAGCGAAUUGAAAGACACCAAAGAAAGACUCGAAGCUGCGGAGAAGAAAGCUGCUGAAGCUAGCAACAGGGAGAGCAGUUCAGAGUGCCAGGGCACCUCGGAAGCGGAGGGCGUAUAG